AUGAGUGAUACAGCCAACAACGCAAUGUCCACGCCGGAUGUGAUGAAGUCCACUGCUGAACCAUUGGAACCAACCAAACCACCCGAUAUCGAUCCGGAAACGACGGCAUCGGCUGCGAAUGCGGUGGAACAGUGGCGCAACUAUCAGCAGGCGUACUCUGCCUACCAGCAGCAGUGUGCCGCCUACCAGCACUACGUCCAGCAGACACAGUAUGCUCAAACGGUAGAGCAGCAGCAGAUGAUUUACAACCAGUAUCUGGAGCAACAUCGUCACUAUCAGUAUCAGCUGCAGCAGUACGAGCAGUACAAGCUGGGCAAUGGAUUGGUACCGUACCCGGGAUCGAUAAACUGGCAGCCGAUUGAUCCGAUGCAAACAUUCCCCAUGGAUCCCGGCAUGAUGCAGCCCGAUUUUCAGCAACCAUUAAAACCGUUGAUGGGUCCGCUAGCGAUGCGUCCUACCAAUGGGAAUCAUCCAGGAAGGGGUAAAGGUGGGCAGGAUAUGAAAAAUCGCCGCGAUGGGAAAUCGAAACUGAAGAUGAAACUUCCAGCUCAAGAGAAGAAGAACGAGCUGCAUACGAAGACCAUCAUUUACUUGAAUCCGGACGACGAAAAGCUACUGCCUCAGGAGCUGAAGCAAUUGUUCGGUGACUUUUUCUGCAAUCUCUGUCGUACACGGAUGAACUCCCACAUCUCGGCCAACAUUCACUACCAGUCGAAAGCGCACGAGAAAAAGAUUAACCAAUGGUUGAAGGAAUACUGUGAGGAUACGGGUACACCGAUGCCGGUACGUCAGCGCCCACCGCUAGAGCUGGCCGCCGAUACGGCAGCAAUCGGCAAAUCGGUGUUUCACUGUGAGGCUUGCGAUCUGGUGCUUACCUCGGUACAGCAUGCCAAUCAGCACUACACCGGCAAGCGGCACUGGAUGGUGGUGAAUGGGAAGAAGCUCCCGUCCGGCAAUGGGCAUUUCAAUAACGAGGGCAAAUGGAUUCGAACCACAAAUAUAGUAACUGAUGUGGUGGCGCCAUCUACCGGAAUGGCAUCUACUGCAGCGCCAUCUACAGCAGUGCCAUCCACUUCAGCGCCGUCUACCGCCGUAAAGCCACCCAUGGUAAAGAAGCGACUUCUUCAACCUCUGCCGAACAAAACGCCGGCAUUGAAUGAAGCGAAGAGAACACGCUUAGAACCACCGCCGGAACCACCGCAGCAACUGAUUGCGCAGGUUCUGGCCGCUGAGUCACUUUCGCAGACGAACGGUGUUAGCUCGAUCCCUCCGGUCCAACAACUCCCAUCGCCCGUGGUCAAACCGGCACCGAACACUCAAACGCUCCCAAAAACGCAAUUCAUCGUAACGAUCAACGUCGAUAGCGAUGAGGACGUCAUGGAAGUGACUAAACCAUCAGACCCACCGGUAAUCCCCACCACUACAACCAUACCCGAACCGACGGUAACUACCGCACCGGUGAAACCCGGUGAAACCACACUCGAGCAAGAGCUCCGCAAAAAGGAAGGACUCGACUGUGUGGACGAAACUGGUACGUUCUGUUUGAUCUGCGAAACAUCCGUUACGUCCCGGUCGGAAAUGGUGACACACCUGAAGGGUUCCAAACACGUCAAGAAAGCACGCUCGAUGGGUGUAAUUGUGCGGACUACACCGUUCAACGCAUCCGACACGAUCCUGCGCAGCCUGUCUGUGCCGGCCCGUCAAACCGAUUGGUCGCUGUACCGUAUGCCGUCAGGGAAAUUCUACUGCAAAACUUGCAAUCUGAUCGUAUCGGAUGAGAAGCUGUUCGGUCAGCAUUGGUACGGAAAGAAGCACAAGUUAAAGCUUCGCCAGGAAAUGCAAGCGGAGGAGGGAGGAGGAACACGCUUGGCAACUACAACGGGCGCGAAGGUUGCUACAGUGGCAGGUGCAGCAGUAGCACCAGCAGCAACUACAUCAACCGUCACGGAUAGUUCAUUCGUGCUGGACGAUGUGGAUGGGACGGUACCGAUGGCGGUUGGUGAAGCGAAUGCAGUUCAAUUCGUCGACUGUUACCCGACACUGACCCAUAAAGAGAAAGCGUUACACAAGAAAAGGAAAUACUUUUACAGGAAGACACUGUGGGAGAAAAAGUUGGCCCGUGCUGCCGUUAAGCAGGAGGCGAAGCAACUUCGAAAGGUAAAUAUGAUGCAGUGA